UGAUGAGCGCUGUAUUUAUGUAUCCGACUAGCACCACUGUGGAAAACAACUUAACUUAUCAACGUAGUUUCAACGAAUCAACGAUUAGCGGUAAUCAACUUCGUAUUGCUUCGCACUUCAUUUGAAUCUUAUUCUCCAUACCAUACCAUACUAUCAGUGUUGAAUUGACGUUCGUUCGUUGUAAGAGUGUUUUAAUUAAUAAUGUCAAAACAAUUGAAAUUUUACUAUGAUUUGAUGUCCCAGCCAGCCAGGGCAUUGUAUAUGUUCCUGAAACUGAAUCAAAUACCACACGAACCAUGUUAUGUGUCCAUUGGAAAAGGUGAACAUCAAACCGAUGACUACGAACAGAAUGUGAAUCGUUUCAAGAAAAUUCCAGCUAUCGUGGACAAAGACUUCAAGUUGUCCGAAAGUAUAGCAAUUUAUCGGUAUUUGGCUAGUGAAUAUAAGGUUGCCGAUAAUUGGUAUCCGAAAGACGUUAAGAAACGAGCAAGAGUUGAUGAAUAUUUAGAAUGGCAACAUUUGAACACUCGCUUUGGCUGUUCGUUAUAUUUUAUCUCCAAAUGGUUGCUUCCCGUUUUGAUGCGUCAAACAGUGUCAGAGGGACGAGUAGCGGAAGCUAAGGCUCGAAUGGAAGAUGCUCUGGAUGCAAUCACUAACAUUUGGUUAAAGGACCAACAGUUCAUAGCUGGAAAUGAAAUUACGGUCGCCGAUUUGGUUGCUGCGACAGAAAUUGAGCAGUUAGUUGUCACCGAUUAUAAUCCCUUUGAAGGGCGUCCCACAUUGAAAGCGUGGAUUGAAAAGGUCAAGAGCAAAACUAAUCCUCACUAUGAAGAUGCACACAAGAUGAUAUACAGAGCUGCCAGUAAAAAUAAGGCGAAAUUGUAGGUUCCCUUUGUGGAUAUGGUUGCAGCAAAUUAAAAAUGGUUUUGGUUUUACAUACGA